AUGGAGCAAAUUCUUUCUUCACUGGAAACGGAAGAGUUUGCCCAGAGCUCUGGAGAAAAUGGUACUGUGGUUUUCACUCUGGGGUCAAUGGUCAGUAACAUGACAGAAGAAAGAGCCAAUGUGAUUGCAUCAGCUCUUGCCAAAUUACCCCAACAAGUUCUAUGGAGAUUUGAUGGCAAGAAACCACAAACCUUAGGACCCAAUACUCAGCUGUAUAAGUGGAUCCCCCAAAAUGACCUUCUUGGUCAUCCAAAAACCAAAGCCUUUGUAACUCAUGGUGGAGCCAAUGGCAUCUAUGAGGCGAUCCACCACGGGAUCCCCAUGGUGGGCAUUCCUUUGUUUGCGGAUCAACCUGAUAACAUUGCUCACAUGAAGGCCAAGGGAGCAGCUGUUAGUUUGAACUUGAACACAGUGUCAAGUACAGAUUUGCUCAGUGCAUUGAGGACUGUCAUUAAUGAUCCUUGCUAUAAAGAAAAUGUUAUGUGGUUAUCAACCAUUCAUCAUGAUCAGCUUAUAAAGCCUCUGGAUGGAGCAGUCUUCUGGAUUGAGUUUGUCAUUCGUCAUAAAGGAGCCAAGUACCUAUGCCCAGCUUCUUACAACCUCACCUAGUUCCAGUACCACUCUUUGGAUGUGAUUGGGUUCCUACUGGCCUCUGUGGCAAUUGUUACUUUCCUUGUCAUAAAAUGUUGCUUGUUUUGUCAAAAGUUUAAGAAUGGGGCGCCAGAGUGUCUCAGUCAUUAA